GGGAGGGACGGCCCGCGGCCCCCGGCCCCGCUGCCCGCCCGCACCGCCCGCACCGCUGCCACCAUGAAGAAGCAAUUCAACCGCAUGCGCCAGCUCGCCAACCAGACCGUGGGCAGAGCCGAGAAGACCGAGGUGUUGAGCGAAGAUCUGCUGCAGGUGGAGAAGCGGCUGGAGCUGGUGAAGCAGGUGUCCCACAGCACCCACAAGAAGCUGACAGCCUGUCUGCAGGGCCAGCAGGGCCUGGACGCCGACAAGCGCUCGAAAAAGCUGCCCCUGACGACGCUGGCGCAGUGUCUGAUGGAGGGAUCGGCCGUGCUGGGGGACGAUUCCCUGCUGGGGAGGAUGCUGCGGCUGUGCGGGGAGGCCGAGGAGCAGCUGGCGCAGGAGCUGAUCCACUUCGAGCUGCAGGUGGAGAGGGAUGUGAUCGAGCCGCUCUUUCUGCUGGCUGAGGUGGAAAUCCCAAAUAUCCAAAAGCAGAGGAAGCACCUGGCGAAGCUCGUGCUGGACAUGGACUCCUCCAGGACGAGGUGGCAGCAGUCGGUGAAGUCCUCGGGCCUGGCCAGCAACCUGCAGCCCUCGGGGGCCAAGGCCGACGCUCUCAGGGAGGAGAUGGAGGAGGCAGCCAACAGAGUGGAGAUCUGCCGGGACCAGCUCUCGGCUGACAUGUACAAUUUCGUGGCCAAAGAAGUCGACUAUGCAAACUAUUUUCAAACUCUGAUCGAGGUGCAGGCCGAGUACCACCGCAAGUCCCUGGCGCUCCUGCAGAACUUCCUGCCACAGAUCAAAGCCCAGCAGGAGGCGUGGAUGGAGAAGCCCUCCUUUGGGAAGCCCCUGGAGGAGCACCUGGCUGUCAGCGGGAGGGAGAUUGCCUUCCCCGUGGAGGCCUGUGUCACCAUGCUGCUGGAGUGUGGCAUGCAGGAGGAGGGGCUCUUCCGAGUGGCUCCCUCGGCCUCCAAGCUGAAGAAGCUCAAGGCUGCCCUGGACUGCUGCGUGGUGGACGUGCAGGAGUACUCAGCUGACCCCCAUGCCAUCGCAGGAGCCCUCAAGUCCUACCUGCGGGAGCUGCCCGAGCCCCUGAUGACGUUCGAGCUGUACGAGGAGUGGAUCCAGGCCUCCAACAUCCCGGAGCAGGAAAAGCGGCUGCAGGCUCUUUGGAACGCCUGCGAGAAGCUGCCCAAAGCCAACUACAACAACAUCAGGUACGUGAUUAAAUUCCUGGCCAAGCUGACCGAGUACCAGGACCUGAACAAAAUGACCCCGAGCAACGUGGCCAUCGUGCUGGGACCCAACCUGCUGUGGCCACAGGCCGAGGGGAACAUGACGGAGAUGAUGACGACGCUGUCGCUGCAGAUCGUGGGCAUCAUCGAGCCGCUCAUCCAGCACGCAGACUGGUUCUUCCCGGGAGACAUCGAGUUCAACGUGACGGGGAACUACGGCAGCCCCCUGCACGUCAACCACAACGCCAACUACAGCUCCGUGCCAUCCCCGGACAUGGAGCAGGGCGAGCGCCGGCAGCACGAGCCGGCCCGGCGGCCCCUCAGCGUGGCCACCGACAACAUGAUGCUGGAGUUCUGCAAGAAGGAUGGCCUUAGGAAAAUCCAAAGCAUGGGCGUCAGGGUGAUGGACACCUCGUGGGUGGCUCGCCGAGGCACCUCCGCGGGGCGCAAGGCGACCUCGGCGCCCCCGGCCGCGCAGCCCCCGGCGCCGCCCCCCGAGCCGCCCCCCACGCCGCACUCGCCCAUUCCCGAGCAGCCCCCGGAGAUUUCGGCAACGCCCUCCCCGCCUCCCGCCAGCUUCGGCUUCCCCCCGGCAGCCGAACGGACGAGCACGUUCAAGGCCCCGGAGCCGCCCCCCGCGGCCGAGCGGAGCCCGCACUCGCUGCGCACAGGUCUGCUCCGUUUUGAGGUCCCCUCCCUCCACGUGUCCCCGGACGCCGCCCUGUGCCGGGACCCGCCCGAGGCAGCUCAGAGACUCUCGGGGCCGAGCCUGACCCCGCGGCAGGAGGAGGAGGAGGAGGAAUCGGAGAGCACAGCCCUAUGACAGUGUCCCUGUCCCCAAGCUCAUCCGUGCGGCACGCGGGGCCAGCACCGGCCACCGGCACCGAGGGCCACGCGCCACUUUUGGGCGGCAAAGCGCCCGGUUUGGGGGCGGCCGCUGUUCUUUAGUUCAUUUUUGUUCGCCUUAUCCAGACUUUGCCUUCGAACCGGGUGCCUGCCCCCCGCCCCGCAGCACCCACGACCCUGGGGCGAUGCCACCACGUCCUCCGUGCCCCGCGGUGGGUGCCACUGGGUGCUGGCCAGGUGACAAGGAGCUCGCUGGCGCUUUGCAGUGGGAUUUCCUUUCUUUGGCUUCUUCCCCCUCCGCUUGUCUGGGAGCAGGAUGGGACCUGACCAGCAAUAACCUGGGGAUGCAGGAUGUGCCCCCCCACUCUCGGGGUGCUGGCAGGGGAGGUGCACGCCCCUCGGCACCUGCUGUCCCUGGGGCUUGGUGGCUUUGGUCGUGCAUGCACAGACAAAUUAACCUUUUAUCCUUUCCAGAGAGAGAAGAUCUGUAUAUAUAUAUCGGCAGAUAUAUAUAUAUAUAUUCUAUAUUUGUAUAGAGAGAGAGAAAUUAUAGAGAGAUUUGUUUUAUCUGGAGCCAUUCCUGCCUGGUCGGGGCGAGAGGGAGAUGGAAAUGGCAGCGCUUCGCCCCCGCCCCGCUCGCACCGUGCCCCCCGCCCCAGGUGGGCACCGGGGGGGGCACCAGCACCCCAAAGCAAUCAAUAAAUCCAAUAAAUCCGUGUGCCACUCGCUGAGAACUGCCCGGCGGCGCUGGCCUUUCCUUCCUGCCCCGGCCUUGGGGGGAGCAAUGGGAGGUGGAGAGCGUUUGGCUGAUAAAACGGUGGUUUGGUGUUUUAUCAGGGACAUUAUGGGCCAGGUGCCAUGGGAUGGGGCAGGGUCCGCCUCCCCCAGAAACAGCCGCCCCACACGGCAGAAUCCAGCCAGGACUGACCCCUGAUCCCGGGCCGGUCCCCACUGCAGGAGCAGAACCACCCCCAAGGGACACAGAGCCCUUUUCCCCUGGGAUGGACACUGGGCUUGUUUCACGUGUCUUUAAUAGAAACCGCCGGCGGUGGGGGAGAGCCCCGUACAAAACUUGGCUGCAGGAAUCGGGGAUUGCAUAGACCGAGGUGUGGGGAGGUGUGGGGGACCCCCCACCCCCAAAUAGUCGCCUUUUAGAAAACAAAAAGCGUCUCUGAAUAAAACUCUCCUGGUACAAUAAA